AUGAAUAAAGUUAAACCUAAAGUAUUAUUGCUUUGUUCUAUUAUAACAAUUGGUAAUAGUCGUUUGGAAGAACUUGCACUUGAUAAAUGUCAUUCAAUUGAUUUAACUUUUGAUUAUUUUCAAUCAUCACAUGAAAUAUUUAUUCAACGAUUUUAUUCACAUGUCAUGCCUCGUAUUAGCAAUUGUAUUCGAUCAUUAAUACUCAACAUUGAACAUCUUCCAAAAAUGAUUAGUUUUGCUGAAAAUGAGUGUAAUGGAUUUCUUCCAAAUUUGACACAUUUGAAAAUCAUACUUAAUAAACAAAGUCGUGAAACAGGGACAUCUUAUGGAUUAGGCAUUCAUCUUUAUAAUGUUUUACAUGUUAAUCCUUUAUUCUCAUUUAUACCUCAAUUUGUUCGUGUGAAGAAUUUUGUUGGUGGUAAAAGCUUGUUUAAUUUGCGUUAUUCAUCAUUUAUGCGUUCUAUUGUAUGGUUUGAACUUGAUGAUGACUGCAUUUUACCAAAUGUAUUUAAUGAUGAUAGAUUAUUUUUUCCGCAAUCAAUUCAAUUGACUCAUAUUCGAAUAACAUUAUAUGAGUUUCCUGAUUGUGUUCAUUUAUUAAAUCAAAUGGGCACACAAAUCUGUUCAUUUAGUGUGACUAUUCUAUGUGUUGAUAGAAGUGAAGUUGAUAUUAUUUCUAAAAUAAGAUCGAUUUCGUGUCUCUAUUUGAAACAAUUUGCAAUGACAAUCUAUCGCAAUAUCAUUGAGUAUGAACGAUGUAUUGUUCCUCUUCUACAACGUUUAUCAAAUGUCGAAUAUUUAACAUUAUUAUUAGCUAUUGGUUUCACAGGAAAUAGACCAGAUCAUUUUAUUGAUGGAUUUGAUUUGAAGAAAGACAUUAUUUCAUAUAUGCAUCAUUUACGUCAAUUUAAUUUUCACAUUCGUUCUAUAUUACAAAAUGCGCCUCGUAUGAAUAUUGACACAAUUCGUCAAAGUUUUAUAAAACACCAACAAUCUGUCGAUUGUUCAAUUGAAUAUUUUAAUAAUAAUUAUGGUCAAUGUCAUAUAUACUCUCUUCCAUUUAUUGGUACUCGUCUUGAUUUCAUUUCAAAUCGAUUUCCACUCUUUGAUACAAAUAACACAUUCUCAAUGGUUACCAUUUUAAUACUUUAUGAUGAUGUUAAACCAUUUGAAAAUGUUUUCUUUGAACAUCUUGUUCGAGCUCUACCUCAUCUUAAAUCACUUGAAAUAGUGAAUGAACUUGAACAACAAGAAAAAACAAUAUCGAUAACAAAUAAACUUGAAUAUGCUCAUUUAACUUCAUUGAUGCUAUUCAAGAUUCAUAUGGAUUAUGCCGAACAACUUCUUUGUCGAACUAAUCUUCCUUCUUUAAAUGAACUUAUCAUUCAUAAUAAUAUAUUAUUAACAAUAAUUAAUCAAAAUCAACAACAAGCAAGAGAAAAUUGUUUUAGAGUGAAAACAUUACGAACUUCUCAUCCGUUGGAUGGAUUAGUAAAUGUUGUUCGAAACUUUUUCCCGUCGGGUUCUUAUAUAAAAUAUCCAAGUGUAGGAUAA